AUGCAGUCCUCCAAGGACUUUCAACCUCAGGACGUGGACGCCAAGUCCAUCAUCUCCAUGCAGGAAUUGGACCCGUCACCGGUGGACGACUCGACGCCGGAUCUCGAGAGCCUGGAUAGCAGUGAAUAUUUCCGUCCGCCGACUCCGACCAAGCCCUCGCGCACUUGCGGGUUUCCCACGCCGAAGUUGGGGCUUCGGGCGCAUCGAUGGGAUGCUCUAUUGUCCGGCGUUCAACGAUACUCAACUUACCCUCCGACUGCUUUUUUCAUCUUGCAUCUCGCUAAUACCUCGCUCAUUCCGCUCAUAACCCGCUCCGUCCCCGCUAGCGAGCCCUAUCUCCUGCUCACGCGACCACUCUACCAAGCGCCCGGCGUGGAGCACCUCGUCCUAACUGUCCCCAUCCUAGCCCAUGUCGUUUCUGGAAUUGUUCUGCGCAAUAUGCGCGCUUCACGACGAGCUCGGCUGUACGGCGCCGAGACCCGUGCCCAGCGCAAUCUGUUGUCUUUUUGGCCGCGGGUCUCACUCCAGGCGAAAACAGGAUAUUUACUGGUGCCGCUGAUCGGUCUUCAUGUGUUGCUUAAUCGAGUCACUCCCUUGAUGGUAGAAGGCGGGAGCUCGGGCGUGGGAUUGGGCUACGUUGCCCACGGAAUUGCGCGCAGCCCCGUCUUCUGGAAUAUCUUCUACUUGCUCUUCGUCUCCGCGAGUGUCUGGCACUUUGUCGGCGGAUGGGCCACCUGGAUGGGCUGGAGAGUGACCACAGCCCGCACGGAACGAAGCACCAAAGGUUCUCUCGAGGGCUAUCUCGGCUAUCCGGAGAACCAAGAUCGCGCAAAGCGCCAGCGCAAGUUGUGGUGGAUGGUGAACGGAAUUGCCGCCGUUGGCUGUGCUCUCUGGCUGGCUGGUGCGCUCGGCAUCGUUGGAAGGGCCGGUGAAGGUUCAGGAUGGGAGGCGCAAGGGUGGAAUGAGAUGUAUAGCCAAGUCCCUGUCAUUGGGGAAUGGUUAUGA